AUGACGCAAAUUGAGAGUACUGAUGCCCCUCAGGAUGAGUACGAGGACAUGCCAGGAGGCCCUGGAGCACCCAUACCAAUUUCUCAGUUGGUGGGCGUUGCAGGUCUGACUGAAAGAGACAUCAAACUGGUCACCGAAGGCGGCUAUCACACGGUCGAGUCGAUUGCAUACACGCCGCGCAGACAAUUAGAACAAAUCAAAGGCAUAUCAGAGGCAAAGGCCUCAAAACUCUUGAAUGAAGCAAUGAAACUGGUGCCCAUGGGCUUUACCACCGCCACCGAGAUGCAUGCCCGAAGAAGCGAUCUGAUCUCGAUAACCACUGGUUCGAAGAACCUCGACCGACUUCUCGGUGGUGGCAUUGAGACGGGCUCCAUCACCGAAAUCUUUGGCGAGUUCCGCACUGGAAAGAGUCAGAUUUGUCACACAAUGGCGGUUACAUGCCAGUUACCCUUUGAUAUGGGUGGCGGAGAAGGCAAAUGUUUAUACAUCGACACCGAAGGCACCUUCCGACCUAUUCGUCUGCUGUCCGUUGCACAGCGAUACGGUCUCGAAGGGGAAGAAGUCCUGGACAAUGUUGCCUACGCUCGGGCAUACAAUUCUGAGCACCAGCUGCAGCUGCUCCAGCAAGCGUCACAGAUGAUGUGUGAAACCCGGUUUUCGUUGCUGAUUGUUGAUUCGGCGACUUCGUUGUACCGAACAGAUUAUAACGGCCGAGGAGAACUCUCAUCACGACAAUCGCACAUGGCGAAAUUCCUACGCACGCUACAAAGACUUGCGGACGAGUUUGGCAUCGCAGUGGUCAUCACCAAUCAAGUAGUUGCACAAGUGGACGGCGGCCCCAGCGCCAUGUUCAACCCAGACCCGAAGAAGCCCAUCGGCGGCAACAUUAUAGCACAUGCAAGCACUACCAGGCUGAGCUUGAAAAAGGGUCGAGGCGAAACUCGGAUCUGCAAGAUCUACGACAGUCCAUGCUUGCCAGAGAGCGACACUUUGUUUGCCAUUUAUGACAGUGGAAUUGGCGAUCCCCAGCCCAAGGACGACAAGGAGUGA